UCCCCCCACCCCGCCCCGAGGGACGAGAUCCCGCCACCGGGUCCGCGGGAGCAGAGCCAACCGCGCCGGGGCAGGCGCGUCCAGGCCACCAAAUGUUCACCAUCCAGCCAGGGCUAGCUGAGGGGGGCCAGUUCCCAGGGGGCCCACCGGGAGUAUGUCAGCCAGAGUUCCAACCAGACAACAACUCUAACUUCAUGGCAAGUGCCAAAGACGCCAACGAGAAUUGGCAUGGGAUGCCUGGCCAUGUGGAGCCCAUACCGAUGAGGCGCUCCUCUGAGUUGCCCUCUGACAACCAGGCGUUCCAGGACCCCGGACUCCCUAAGGGGGAGGUGCGCAGCCCCCCAGAAGGGGCAGAAAUCCCUGGAGCUAAGCUUGAGAAGCUGGGCAGUGCCAGCGCGGUCUGCUCCCCGCUGGAGGACAAUGGCUAUGCCAGCAGCUCUCCAAGCACCGAUGGCUCCAGCAGCAGUCCUGAGCCGGCCUGUGGGACCCCCCAAGGCCUGGGCCUUGCAGAUCCCCUUCUGCCCUCGGUGGCCCGGGCUGUGCAGCAGCUGCAGGACCAGGAGCGCUACAAAGAGCAGGAGAAGGAGAAGCACCAUGCGCACCUAGUGAUGUACCGCCGGCUGACCCUGCUGCAGUGGAUACGGGGCCUGCAGCACCAGCUGGUAGACCAGCAGGCCCGCCUGCAGGAGAGCUUCGACACCAUCCUGGACAACCGGAAGGAGCUGAUCCGCUGUCUCCAACAGAAAGCAGCCCCCUCUGGGCCCCAGGAGCAGGGCUAAGGGGUCCCAUUGCUCCGGAGAGAGGGCUAGCCUGCAGUAUUUAUCUGAGGGUUGUGGCUGAUCCAGUCCCCUGAGAUUUCCCAGGCCGGCUCUCCACCCUCUCCCCAUCCCUCCUCUCAGACUUCGCUCUGCUAAGGCUAUUGUCCCUGAUGGUGGAUUUGCUGUGGGAAGUUUGGUGGCCGCUCUGGCCUGCUGUGGCUUUUUGGCCACAGUUCUGCCGGGGCACCUGGUAGAGAAUUAGUGUGAGGGAGGGGAGCUGGGGGUGGUGAUCAACACUGUGGCAGGGAUGGAGGCAGGUGGGAUCAGAGAAGAAGAUAAAGGGCUGUCUCACUUGAACUCUGCCUUGGGGCACAUGGGAGAUGGGGAUGAGGGAGAAGAGAGCACAGAACCCUGUGAAGAAAAGGAGAAAGGGAAUUCUAAAAUACCACUUUGAAACAAAGCACACUUCUCCACGGCAAAGGAGCUGUUGCAGACCAUAUUGAUUUAAGCUUCUGAUGAAAGUGAAUGUGUGCUUAUUCGCUUGCAAGGAAUGGAUGAGGUGUUCCAAGACUGCUGGGGGAAAAAAAAUCUCACUUUCUUCUCUGUGCCUCUACUUGCUGUGCCUCUCUGGCUUUAGCGACACUGGAUGUUAAAUUAGAUUGGUCUGUUUUCCUGAAAUCAGGCUGUCUGGGCCCAGAGGAGCCAUAGUCGGCUUUCCAGGAGGAGCAGGGGGCGAUGUCAGCCUAUAACCCUGUCUGUCACUGCAUGGUCCUUUUGUUGGGGGUUGACAGGCUCCAGCAGAGGCUCUGUGACAUGGAGAGUGGGUGAAUUCUGGGGAGAACCAAGAACUACAGGAGCCAAGCUCUCUGCUUUGCUUUUGGGAGCCAUGAGGAUACAAGGUCUUGGUGGGUGAGCAGUGGCAUGACGCCAAGUCUCCCUAUCUUCAAAAUGGGGGUGCUCUUCCUAUCUCUGAAGUGUUCUAUCCCUGACAGGUGGGUGGGUGAAGGGCAUAGGAAGUAAGGUUGAAGUGAUGGUCCUGGGGACUUUUGUGUCUAGCCCUUGCAUGUUGAGUAUGAACCAGGCCUCUGGGCCAAGCCAAGGAAUAAACUGGGGCAGAGAAAUGCA